AUGCCUCCGACAACAGCAACCACAUCCAACCUUUCAGUCGAAAUGCAGGAAGCAGGAGGCUUCCUCCCUUCCCCCGCCCCUUCCCCUUCUACCACCAUAACUACCACUUCCCUCCUCCCAACCCCCAGAUCCCAACCCCUUCGCCGUGGCUCCAAGAACGAAAACACUGUGAUCAGCUACAUCGACAAGAGCCUGUUGUCGAUCACCCGUCGCCACGCCAAGAAAUUCAGCAGCGCGUUUGACGCAGAUGGGGAGGCUGCAGGUGAGACUGGGGAAGAGGAGGAGGGCAGAGGUUACGAGAGCUUUGCGGAGGUAGCUCGGGAUAUGGAGAGUGUGGUGGAUGUUCUGUGGGUUUCUGGAACGCCAUCGCUGCAAAUACCCCACUUGAUCUCGUUGGCGGUGCAAGUCAAUUCGUAUCUGCCUGAGUAUCCGUUCUCGGCGAAGGCGACGUUCCGGCUGCUGCGGAAGUUGGACGAGGUGUUUGCGGCGCUCUUGACGGGGGUGGAUGGGGAAGGGAAGACGGUGUCCGGGUGUGAGGGGAGCAUUGGAGGGGUGGUGUCGAUGACGGAGAAGGUGAGGAUCAAGAGUAUUGCGGAGAUGGGGCGGGUGGUGGUUGUGGAUGUGAGGGAGAGGGAGAGAGAGGAUGGGGGUGAGGAUGAAGAUGACGAGGACGAUGAUGACGAUGAUGAGGAUUUUGGGGAUGGGCUCGGCACCGAUGAGUACCCCCCUCCUGGGAAAUGGGAGAUGGAGACGGCUAAGGUCUAUGAGAAGACGAUUCAAUUGCUUGGGGAUGAUUUGGCUGAGGCGGGGGAGUUCUGUGAUACUGAUAUGGCGGCGGGGGAGGAGGAGUUGGAGGAUGGGAUGUGUGAGGUGGAGGAUCUGAGCGAGGAUGAGAUUUGA